GCGAGCGAGUCUCCAUCAGCUGGGCUGCAUUUCUCUGUCUGGGCGGCGGAAGGAAGGAAGGAAGGAAGGAGAGACCCCCGGGGAAGAGGGCUCCCUGCGGCUCAGGGCGGGGGCCUCUGGGCUGCCGCCUCCUCCCUCUGCACCGCAGCAGUCCGAGCCUUCUUCCCGCUCAGGGAGCCCCUGGCCCUGAGCUAAGGGCCGCCUUUCCAGGAGGGCUUCAAGGGGAGGGGAGAGGCGGCGGCAGCGGCAGCAGCAUGGCCCAGACCAAGAGGCACACGUACAGCCGGGCAUCCAGCGCCAGGAUGAGUGUGGAAGUGAGCGGCAAGCCCCUCAAAGUGGGCUCUCGAGUGGAAGUCAUUGGGAAGGGCUACCGGGGGACCGUGGCCUACGUUGGCGCCACAUUGUUUGCCACGGGCAAAUGGGUGGGCGUCAUCCUGGAUGAAGCGAAAGGCAAGAAUGACGGCAGCGUGCAGGGCCGGAAGUACUUUGCCUGCGAGGAGAACCACGGCAUCUUUGUGAGGCAGUCACAAAUCCAGGUUUUUGAUGACGGCGCAGACACAACGUCCCCAGAAACGCCAGAGUCUUCAGCCUCAAAGGUCCCCAAGAGAGAUUCAUCUGAAGGUCCCAAGGCCAGCAAACUGCGUGGAGUGAAGCCUAAAAAGCAGGCCGCAGCCACACGGAAGACCACCACCAGGCGGCCCAAGCCCACCCGGACUGCCAGUUCAGCAGCCUCCAGUGGCACCGCAGGGCUCUCCGGCUCAGCCUCGGCCUCGGCUGGCGAGAUGAGCAGCAGCGAGCCAAGUACGCCUGCGCAGACCCCACUGGCUGCCCCCGUUGUCCCGACCCCAGCUCUGGCCUCUCCAGUGGCACCUCCCGCAAUCCUGUCACCUACCAAGGAGGAGGAGAACUUGCGUGCUCAGGUGCGAGACCUGGAGGAGAAACUGGAAACCCUCAAGAUGAAGCGGAAUGAGGACAAGGCCAAGCUGAAGGAGCUGGAGAAGUACAAGAUCCAGCUGGAGCAAGUCCAGGAGUGGAAGAGCAAAAUGCAGGAACAGCAGGCUGAGCUCCAGAAGCGCCUGAAGGAGGCCAAGAAGGAAGCCAAGGAGGCCCUGGAGGCCAAGGAGCGCUACAUGGAGGAGAUGGCGGACACGGCUGACGCCAUCGAGAUGGCCACUCUGGACAAGGAGAUGGCGGAGGAGCGGGCAGAGUCGCUGCAGCAGGAGGUGGACUCCCUGAAGGAGAAGGCGGACUACCUCACCAUGGACCUGGAGAUCCUGAAGCACGAGAUCGAGGAGAAGGGUUCAGACGGGGCUGCCUCCAGUUACCAGGUCAAGCAGCUUGAAGAGCAGAACGCCCGGCUGAAGGAGGCCCUUGUGAGGAUGCGGGACCUGUCUGCUUCGGAGAAGCAGGAGCAUGUGAAGCUUCAGAAGCACAUGGAGAAGAAGAACUCGGAGCUGGAGUCCCUGCGCCAGCAGAAGGAGAAGCUGCAGGAAGAGCUGAAGCAGGCGGAGAGGACCAUUGAUGAGCUGAAGGAGCAGGUGGAUGCUGCUCUGGGUGCAGAAGAGAUGGUGGAGAUGCUGACUGAGAGGAACCUGGAUUUGGAGGAGAAGGUCCGGGAGCUCCGAGAGACGGUCGGAGACUUGGAAGCCAUGAACGAGAUGAAUGAUGAGCUGCAGGAGAACGCCAGGGAGACGGAGCUGGAGCUGCGGGAGCAGCUGGACAUGGCAACUGCACGAGUCCGCGAGGCAGAGAAGCGGGUGGAGGCAGCGCAGGAGACGGUGGCCGACUACCAGCAGACCAUCAAGAAGUACAGAGAGCUGACUGCGCACUUGCAGGAUGUCAACAGGGAGCUGAUGAGCCAGCAAGAGGCUUCUGUGGAGCGGCAGCAACAGCCUCCGCCAGAGAUGUUCGACUUCAAGAUCAAGUUUGCAGAGACGAAAGCCCACGCCAAGGCCAUUGAGAUGGAGCUGCGUCAGAUGGAGGUGCAGCAGGCCAACCGGCACGUCUCCCUGCUCACCUCCUUCAUGCCGGACAGCUUCCUGCGCCACGGUGGGGACCACGACUGCGUCCUGGUGCUGCUCCUCAUCCCACGGCUCAUCUGCAAGGCUGAGCUCAUCAGCAAGCAGGCCCAGGAGAAAUUUGAGCUGAAUGAGAACUGUGCGGAGCGAGCGGGCCUCCGGGGGGCACCAGGGGAGCAGCUGAGCUUUGCUGCUGGGCUGGUGUAUUCCCUCAGCCUGCUGCAAGCCACGCUGCACAAAUACGAGCAGGCCCUGAACAAGUGCAGCGUGGAGGUCUACAAGAAAGUGGGGCUGCUCUACCCCGAGCUGAGCGUGCACGAGCGCUCCCUGGACUUCCUGAUCGAGCUGCUGCACAAGGACCAGCUGGAUGAGACGGUCAACGUGGAGCCUCUGACCAAAGCCAUCAAGUAUUACCAGCACCUGUACAGCAUCCACCUGGCGGAGCAAGCCGAGGACUGCACGAUGCAGCUGGCGGACCACAUCAAGUUUACCCAGAGUGCCUUGGACUGCAUGAGUGUGGAGGUGGGCCGGCUGCGGUCCUUCCUGCAGACGGGGCAGGAGGCCUCCGACUGGGCCAUCCUCCUCAAGGACCUGGAGACCUCCUGCAGCGACAUCCGGCAGUUCUGCAAGAAGAUCCGGCGCCGCAUGCCAGGCACCGACGCCCCCGGCAUCCCUGCAGCUCUGGGCUUUGGACAGCAGGUCUCGGACACGCUGCUGGAUUGCCGCAAGCACCUGACCUGGGUGGUGGCCGUGCUGCAGGAAGUGGCGGCCGCCGGCGCCCAGAUGAUCGCCCCACUGACUGAGAACGAGGGCCUGCAGGCGCUGAAGCUGGAGGAGCUGGCCUUCAAAGCCAGCGAGCAGAUCUACGGCUCCCAAGGCGUCAACCCCUAUGAGUGCCUGCGGCAGUCCUGCAACAUCCUCAUUGCCACGAUGAACAAGAUGGCCACAGCCAUGCAGGAGGGCGAAUAUGAUGCUGACAAGCCCCAGAGCAAGUCCCCUCCCCCUGUGGAGCUGCGAGCAGCCGCCUUGCGGGCAGAGAUCACGGAUGCAGAGGGCCUGGGGCUCAAACUGGAGGACCGGGAGACGGUCAUCAAGGAGCUGAAGAAGUCCCUCAAAAUCAAGGGCGAGGAACUGAGCGAGGCCAACGUGCGCCUGAGCCUCCUGGAGAAGAAGCUGGACAGCGCCUCCAAGGAUGCCGAUGAGCGGGUGGAGAAGAUCCAGACCAAGCUGGACGAGACCCAGGCUCUGCUGAAGAAGAAGGAGAAGGAGUUUGAGGAGACGAUGGAUGCUCUCCAAGCGGACAUUGACCAGCUGGAGGCGGAGAAGCUGGAGCUGAAGCAGCGGCUCAGCUCCCAGUCCAAGCGCACCAUCGAGGGCCUGAGGGGGGCCCCGGCCACCGGCAUCGCCUCGGUCAUCUCCGGCAUCACGGGAGAGGAGCAGCAGAGAGGUGUGGGUGCUGGACCGCUGGUGAUGGGGGGCUCGGGCCCGGUCCAGGUGAAGGAUUCCCCUCUGCUCCUGCAGCAGAUUGACGCCAUGCAGCGCUCCAUCAAGCACCUCAAGAACGAGAACAACCGGCUCAAGGGAGCUGAGAUGAGGAAGGAGCUGGCAUCGCUGCCCCCUCUGCGGGUUCCCAAGCUCUUGCUCCCCAAGGAUAGGCAAGGGGAGGCAGUGGUCUCCGGCUCCCUGUACCGCAAGACGAGCCAGCUGCUGGAGACCCUCCACCAGAUGAGUGCCAGCGCCAAGGUGGUGGACAUCACGCGGCAGAGGACAGCCGCCAGCCCAGCAGCCCAGCUCCUUGAGCAAGCCACCCGCCUGAAAUCGCUGAGUGAAACGAUCGACAAAUUGAGGGAUGAAGUCAUGAAGGAGACGGUCCUCCAGCACCCUGGAGCCAACGUCCCCACUGACUUUGGCACCUUCCCAUCCGUGCCCUUCCUGAAGGCCAGAGAGGAGCAGAAGGAGGACACGGUCUACCUGGGCAAAGUGACCUUCCCCUGCCAGCCGGGCCACGGCCAGGUGCACAGGCUGGUCCUCACCCCAGAGCAGCUGCACAAGCUCCACACACGCCUCAUCUCCUAAGCCGGCUCUUCCCCGCCCUGCCCGCCUCCCCCUGCCCGCCUCCCGCCCUCCAGGUGGCCAUUUUGCUGCAGCCCCUCCUGGCACUACUGACUCUCUCCUCAGCCUGUGUUUUGUGUGCCUGCGUCCUGCCCGCCCCCCAGCAGGUGUUCUGCUUCAGGUGACCACUCCACCCCUCCCUCCGUGAUGGACAGGGUCCUGCUGCUCCUGGGUCUCGGGCCAGGCUUUCCUUUCGUUUCAGCUUUAACAUCUUGUGGGGGACGGGGCAGGUAGCCUCCCCCUCUGCUCCUUGGGUUUGGCCUCACAGCCUGCCCCCAAGUUAGCUGAUUGAAAGCAGGGAGGGGAAUGGAGGGGAGUGCGUUCACCUGCCUGUUAGGGUUUGGGGGAGUGGCGGGGGCAUGGAUGAAAAGCUUCCAGACCCCUCUGCUUCAAGCACGUUGGCAGAGUUGCACACUGGUGUGAGCACUGGAUCCAUGCCUCAUCUCGGGCUCCUGCCUCAGAAGGCUGGGUGGGGAAGGAGCCAGAGCUGGCGGGGGCACCUGUCCAUGAGGGUCUCCUCCCCCCCCCCCCCGCAAAAAACACACACACUACAGGCCGCCUCCUGCAGCCCAGCACUUCCACGCACAGCCACGGCGGAUAACUUGUCGUCCUCUCCCUCCCUCCGGGGUCUCGAUCUUUUGGUGCUUUUAUUUUGGCGAGUACAUUAAGUGAGAAGCAUCGGCCUGUGGUUGGGCGCCCAGAGACCCACAGCCAUCCCCUUGCACCUUGAGGACGUGGAGCUCUUGAGACAAAUAAACUGUCUUAAACCAA